CCAGCUUGCAGCAUCAUAUCCAUGAAGAUAAUUUAUUCAGUGUCAAAUCACCAUACAUAGAGGGACAUUUCCAUCUUGCGACCGUUCGGGUAUCUUCACUACAUUUUUGCAUUUGUUCCCUUUUGUGUAAGGUGUAGUUAUUAUUCCACCUUUGAACAGUGGUUGGGGUUUUAUAAAUAAAUAAUGAUCGACGCCUCAUCAAUUUUCAUUUUUUUGUCUGCCUUUUCUCUUGCUCAACACUUGCCUUCUGUCUUUCUCAGAUCCUAACAUAAGGGAGGGGUGGAAGGAUUUUGUUACAUACUGACGGUUGUAGGUAAGAGGGUUUUUUUUUUUCCCUUCCUGUGUCGCUGCUACUGGCUGCAUCUCUGCCUAGUCUACUGCACAUAAGUCAUACUGUACUUCCUCUCUUUUUAAACCCACAAACCACAGAAAAUAAAUCCCUUCUGGCUUGCAAGGGUGUGGUGAUUACUAACUCAUCAAGCAAACAUAUCUGCAUUCCGAAAACUCUAAAGGCACCAGACAGAGCAGAACACAAAGAGGUAAGAAAGGCGGAAUAAAUUGAAGGAAACACUCGUUAACAACUGCUUUUAAUUUUUUUUUUCUAAUUCAUAUUGUGAUUUAUACCUUUUUUACUUCUUGCAGAUUCAAAAUGUAUGGAGCUCCCAGUGCAAAGUAAGUAUUGUAUAAACAACCAACUCUUAACAUAACUGUGGCAUUGUUUGAAUACUUGGAGAAGUUUUGUAACAUCAGACUAAGAGACUAAUUGAUAACAAAUGUGCAUGGCCGUUUCUCUGCAGAAUCGUAAAAAACGCAGAGCACACAGAAAAAAAUGUCAUUCACUGACAAAAUGCUCAAAGGAAAGUCAAAAAUAGCUUGGCAGCAUGCUCUAUCUACUCCCUUGAAAGAAAACUACUGUGCUUUAAAAGGCUUAAUGCAGGCUAGAGAUGAGUGCAGCUCCACCAGAGGUAGAUAUGAAUAUAUGUACUGAAAGCAUCUUCAACUCAGGUCUAAUGAGUUGGGAGAUGAACAAUAUAACAUUAAAGGGACACUCUGGGUUUGAGAGUAAAGAAAGAUAAUUAAUUUUAAAAAAUACACAAAUAAUAAAAAGCCUCAAAUUUGGAAAUGUGUAAGCCAGAAAACCAGACUUUCAAUCAGCUAGUCACAAAGUUCACUUAAACAACCACUAACAGCACCUUGACCAGCACAUCUCACUGAAGUCGUCUGGGUGCAGUGAUCCGGUCAAUUUAACCAUUUAGUGCAAAACAUUGCUUUUUUUUGUUGAAACCUCAAUGUUUACAUUGAAGGGUUAAAGUCACUCCCAGUGGCCAUCUUCCUGCCUCCAGAACAGAGUCAAACUCAGUUUUUCAAUCAAUUGCUGCUCACAGCAUUUGAUUGGAGGAGAGUGGCAUUCUGCUGCGCAUGCGUAUCUUGACCCCAUUGCCCCUCUGAGAAGCAUUUGAUUGGACAAGAACAUGGAAAGGUCAGCAGGCUAUUGCAGAGGAGGUGUCUCUGUGAUGUAAAAAAGUAAGUAAUCUUCUCUUUCUUAUAUUGGGGGGACAGUGGUCAUACUGAUUGACAGGAAGAUACUAUUUGGUUUUCAUGAGUAUAUGGUUCCCUUUAACUUUCUAUAACAGUCUAUAGCAGGGGAAGGCAACUUUUUAGCAGCACUGUGCCAAAAUAAGAUUGUGAUGUCUCAUAGCGUGCCGGUCCUAUUUUUUUUUUUAAUUGAGGUGUGCAUGUUGCCUUAUUCUGCUUGUGUUAUUUAUACUGUGGUUGCUUUGUAUCUUUGUAUUUGUGUGUGUAUAUGAGCUAUUAUAUUGUAUAUGUUCAUGAGUAGUUUGUGAUAUCGUUUGAUAUCUAUGAAUGUCGGCUGUGUAUGGGGGCUGCGUGUGGAAUUGUGUGUGUGUGUGUGUGUGUGUGUGUGUGAAUGGAUGUAUCACAUUGUGUGUUUUGUAAUGUGUCUAUUUGUGGGCCUGUUUGGGGUAUUGCAUGUGAGAGGCUGCAUGUGGGGAUGUGUGCAUGUAUGUGGAUUGUCAGUGGUGUUGAGUUUGUGCGGAUUGUGUUUGUGUGUGGGCUGCUAUUUGUAUGAGGGAAGGGUUAUUCUGCAGCUCUGUGUAUAUCUAGCAGUGUGGGUGGCUUCCAGUGGGACCAGGCUGGCCAGGUACAGGUCAAUGACGGGAGCUGCAAUACCUGCCGAAGGCUGCUUUACUCCAGUGUGGAUUCCCAUUCACAAGUGCUGGGAGGAAGUGAUCUGAGAUCACUUCUUCUACGUGCUGCAAUGCAUACAUUGAGAAUUGUCCUUCACCACCUUUUUCGUACAGGCAGAAAUCUUAGGUUUCACUGGGGCUCCUGUAGGCCAUAGUCUGUUUGGCUCUAGCAGCCUUGAGUGCCGUGCAUGGUACACGUGCCAUAGGUUGCCUAUCCCUGGUCUAUGGCAUAAGUAGUGCUUUACUGGCACAGUAAGAGUAUUGUGGGAAUUGUAGAUCAAUUGUCAACUUUUCACUGUGUUAAAAAAAAAAAAAGCCAACACUUGAAUUUUAAAAUUAAGAAACCAAAGUUAUGGCACUAUGUGCGGCAGUAUUAUUUUUUUUUUUUUUGUAGAACAAAAAGGGAAAUGCUGCAGGUCAUGGUUAAAUGGGCAAUUUGUUUAAAAACAGAAAAUUGCAACAAAAAAACAAAACAUCUGAUAUGGCAAGAUUAUUAAACUUCGCUAGCUUUAGUUGCAUCAUGACUGUUUUAGCCUAUAUUUUGGUUUUCAGUUCUGUACAAUUUAUUGUUUAGUAAGUAAAUCCCUUCAUGUUUAGGGCUUUAAAUAUUUUUUGGCAGAGAAAACAUUCUGUUCAACACGCAAUAUUAUUUUGCAGAGACACCACAACAUUUCAUAGCAAGCAUGCCCAUAAAUGUAACAUGUUUGUGCCACAGGUGGAACAUGCUACACGUGCUAUUUAGAACUUAUAAAGAAGUAUGAAUAACAACAUACAAAAGUACCAGGUGCCAAACAACCCACCUACAGUUUCACAGAAUCACUGAAAUUGUUUAGUGAUGGGUUUUUUAUUCCAUUAAAAUAAAAGGCAAAAUUGUGAUUUUCUGGGCACUUAACACAUAGGAUCAAGUGCAUCCGAUAUUUGAUAGUUAUUUUUAUGUACUAUGGGUGCCAUAGUGAUUAUCUUAGUGAUUAAACAUUUUUGUAUAUGUGUUUUGUUUUAUAAAAUACCAUUUAAUGAAAAGUUUAAUAGUUCUUAUGAUCUAAUGUACAUUUAACUGAAUUUGCAAAUGGAAUGCUACAUUAAAGGGACACUAUAGUCACCAGAACAACUACAGUUUAUUAAAUUUGUUCUAGUGAAUAGAAUCGUUACCUUCAGGCUUUUUGCUGUAAACACUGUCUUUUCAGAGAAAAUGCAGUGUUUAUAUUACAGCCUAGUGAUAAUUUCACUGGCCACUCCUUAGAUGGCUGUUAGAGAUCCUUCCUGGGUCAUGGCUGCCUAAAAUGCAUGCAAGCAUUCAGUAUCUCCUCCCUCUGCAUGCAGACACUGAACUUUCCUCCUAGAGAUUCAUUGAUUCAAGUCAUCGCUAUGAGGAUAUGCUGAUUGGCCAGGGCUGUGUUUGAAUCAUGCUGGCUCUGCCCCUGAUCUGCCUCCUUGUCAGUCUGAGCCAAUCCUAUGGGGAAGCACUGUGAUUGGAUCAGGCCACCACUUAUAAUGAUGUCAGCAGACUGCUUGUUUUUCUGUCUAACAGCAUGCAGAGUUACAGCUUCAGGCUUGAAUACAGUAAGAUUUUGCUAUAUUUAUGGAGGCAUGAGGGGCCCAGGGGGGCUAGAUGGUGGUGUUAACACUAUAGGGUUGGGAAUAGUUGUUUGUGCUCCUGCCCCUACAGUGAUUCUUUAAGUUUAUGCAUACAUUGUGCUUUAUGUGAUUUGUUUUUUUAAAGAGUAUAUUAGUUUUUGCAAAACGUUAGUUGUAGUUAUUGUGCCUGUUUUAGUCACAUGACUUUUCACACACAUAUAUUUGAAACUCUUGAACCUAUGUGGCUUUAUAAAAAUUAAGAAGAGUUGAAAUGUUGCCUUUCUUUGUGUGGAAUAAAACACUUUGUACUCAGAAAUUUGAGAAAAUGUCAAAUCUGUGUUUUUUGUUGACUUUUAUAAAGCACUUGACCUUUUUAUGUGAAUUAUGAGGUCUCCAGGGACCGAUUUUAUUUUCCAGUAGUAUACAUUUUAACAUUAUGUAUCCUGUGUAUAUGAUGUAUGAAAAAAGGGGAAAAGAAAUGCAGAACUCUCCUGAACAUGCAUACUUUAUAAGGGUGCUGAAGAUACAACACUAUGAAUAUGUGCACACCUUCCUCGUUCCUUCUUGUGUCACGCAAAACAGUGAAAGAUAGGGGAUGUGUAUUUCUGCUGCUCAAUAGAGCGGCAAGUUCAGUGUAACUAAAGGAACAGAAACAGAAGUGCUGGCUCCAAUUACAACUGGCUGGCUCCCAUAUUUUAUUUUACUUGUUGGACCCAUUUUACACCAUGGGGUUUCUCUCUCUCUCCUCCCAACAUACGGUUCGAAGACAGAUGUGAUCAUGCCCUCCAAUUCAGUUUCACCAUUUAUAUAAUACAAAACAGGCAUUUCGCUAUAUAGUCCAGGUACAAUUAUGAAUAUAGAAUAUUCUUUUGCUAAAUAGUAGCGCUGAUCUAAGGUUUUCUGUUUAUAAAUGCAAUACCCAUAAUCACAUUUUGGACUGUUUAUUACCCCUGUUUAACAAAAAAAACAAAAAAAUCUUAAUCAUGGGGCAUUUACGGAUCCAGCGAAAGUGAUUUACACACGCAAGUCACACAUCUCACUCCCACUCACAGACCUUCAACAAGCACAAUGCCCAUAUACAAAACAUAGCUCAUUCAUGCAAACUAAUUAAAGCACCCGACAAGACCACCCUUAAGAGUGUGUGUUUCUUUAAAUAUUUCCUCACAUGUAUAGUUCCAAAAAUAUCACAAAAAAGUGCAUUAGAUAAACUGGACAAGCAGGUGCAUACGUUUGGUGCCAGUAAAUAUAUUUAAAAUAAUUAACAAGUUUCUUAAUGAUAUUCUUGCAAAGAUGGCCAAUGGCUAAAUUAAAUAUAUAUAAUCAUACAAAAUCCAACGCACUCACUCAUUCCCUAAAAAGAAAUUUCAAAGCUCACAAAUUGUAAUUAAAAAGAAAGAGGAUGGAGAGGGAAACCUAAACUUUAAACCUAAAUGAUCACAAAAUAUAUAUAAAACCAAAUGUUUAAUAGGUAAUUUAAAAGUCCAAAUCAGACAGAAAAACAAGACAAACAACACUCUCUAUAUAAGUGCUCAACGUGAAAAUAAAAACACACAGAUAAAUGUAUAUAUUUAUACAAAUGUACGGCUACCGUUAGCCCACUGAUCAAUCCAAAUGAAAGGAUAUAAUUAGCUCAAUUGUAUCUAUAUUCAAAUUUAGAUAUAUAUAGGGAUGUUUCAUGAAUUAAUGUGGUAUUGGGGUAAUUAAUCAUUUUGAUUAUUCCGACAGUUUAGUGCAGCGAAUCGCUAUAGUACGAAUAUUGCUGAUUAAUGCCUGGAUAAGUUAUUGACUAAUAAGGCAGAAUGUCUAAAAAUAGUGCCAAGGAACUCUAUCCUAAGUUGGUACCUAUGCUGAAUACAGAGAUCUAUGGGUGAGCAUAACGGCUCGCUUGCUUAGAAAGUAACAUGAGGUGAUCACUAACACGACGUGGUGGACAUAAUAUUCUAUGUAACUUUAUAAAGAAACACAAAGUAUCUCAUGUAGAAGAUUAGCGUAUUGCUACACAAGUGCUGCACUGUAAUGGUAAUAUACUGCUCAGUGUGAGUGUAACCAAGGGAUACGUGGAGGACUGAGUGUAAGGGGUUAUGAUAGAUGUACUAUCACUCUCCCUAAUGUUUCUGGAAGGGCACCCCUUCACUAACAAAAUCCUAAAGUUUCCUAUCUCCGUAUUAAAGGACCACUAUAGGCAUCCAGACCACUUCAGCUCAAUGAAGUGGUCUGGGUGCCAGGUCCCUCUAGUUUUAACCCUGCAGCUGUAAACAUAGCAGUUUCAGAGAUGUUUACAUUAGGGUUAAUCCAGCCUCUAGUGGCUGUCUCAUUGACCGCCGCUAGAGGCGCUUCCGUGCUUCUCACUGUGGUUUUUCACAGUGAGAAGACGCCAGCGUCCAUAGGAAAGCAUUGAGAAUGCUCCUAUGGACUGACUGCACGCACGGCUCUUGCAUUCAGCCGAUGACGUCGGAAGGAGGAGGAGGAGAGUCCCCAGCGCAGAUAAUUGGAAACUGUAGGGGGCACACAUUCUACACCAAAACUGCUUCAUUAAGCUCACUGCGGUGAUGGUGUAAGGAGUGCUGUGGCACUCAUUAUUGUAAGGAGUUAAACCAGUUUAGAAUAGUUUGACUGCUUACCUGGUGUCUGUGGGGCGCUUCCCUUCUCGUCUCCACUACCGACUAUGGACAUCUGGAAGCUCUCUUUCUGAGCUAAGCCCUUAGCUGAGAGCAAUCAGCUUACACUCUCAGCUAGUAAGCUAGACCUGCACUGUAGGGCUUAGCUUAGGACAAUGGUUACCUACCCAGUACUUAAGUACCCUCUACCAGUCCAGAAUUUAUGUAUUACCCAGUUGUGUCUAAGGUGUUUUUAGAAAGAAAGAAAACACUUUAGACAGAACAAGGUAGUCCCUAAAUCCUGGAGUAGUAAGGGGUACUUGAGGACUGGGUGGAAAAACCCCUAGCUUACAAGAACUAACAAGUUCCUGCUAAGCAAAUUUUCGGCUCUCGGUUGUUGGUAGUGGAGGUGGGGAGUGCAGGCAGUUGACUAAGUAAGAAGAUAAACUGUUCUAAAAUGCUUUGACCAUUGGGGAGGGCGGUGGCACUUCUGGCUGCAUAACCACUAAAGUGUAUUUUUAAGUUAUUUUAAAGUGUGACUUUAAAUGCAAAUUUGUUCUAUAUAGAAAGUAUUAAAGGGACACUCCACACAAAUAGCACUUCGGCUUGCUGAAGUGCUUUAUGUGGCUGGAGCCCAUCACGUUUGGAACGGUUUAUAAAAGUACAAAUACAUAAGGAGUUUGACAUGGUGAUUCUGCCCCCAAAUAUAAAAGUGCCAAUAAGUCAGUUAGCUCCAAGUAGUGGCACGCUCCGGAGAAUUCAAGCUCAUGGCUCCAGGACAUUGGCUUCUCUGGGGCAUAAGGGCAAGGUUUGCAAAAACUGUAGACACGAGACCUGCAGCUUUUCAAGCGGAUUUUUAGAUAUACCCAGAGUGAAUAAAUGCAUGCAUGUUUUCAUUGGGGUAUAUCUACUAAAUUGUAAAAUAACGGAGUGUUCCUUUAAGGCAUUCCUUCCUUGGGCCCUGCAUACAAAAUAAAUCACUACUAGCCAGCUAGUCUCCACUAGAUCAGAACCACUGUUAGCCUGAAAAAGAAGAUGAAAUAAAGAAACUACAUCAAUUAGACCUUACAAAACUCUAAAAAUCUUAUUCCCAUCUACUUGUGCACAUGUUAACUGGUGGCUUUUUACCCAGAUCUGCUGCAAACUAUGUAUGACAAUCUUGUUUUCUAAACCCGGUUUUAUAAAAACACUUAAUCGAAACUUGAAAAAUCUAAAUCUCAUUAAUAUAUUCCUGUAUUAAUGAUACAUGUGUAAUAAAGUUUCUUUUGAAACACUGUUUCAAAAAAAAAAAAAAAGCACAGAAUUAGGUGAAAACACAAACUUGUCAUCUGAGAAAGACCGCUUAAUCCAUCAGUCAUUAUCUAAAGCAUCAGUCUAUAAUUUUGCUGACUUAAUCUGUUCCACAACAAACCACUAUCAUCACUGUAACUAACUUACCAAGAAAUUCAAAAUAAAGCGGAUAUCUAGAUUUAGUAGUAGACCAUAAACAAAUGAUUGCGCACACAGACUGUACUAAAGGAAAAUUGCAGAAGAAAUGGGCCUAAAGAUAAAAAACUCAAUCCAAAAACAUACAUACAUACAUAAACUAUUAAAUAGAAACAAACAAACUCAAUUAUCACUCCGUGUUUGAGAAAAUAACUUUAUUCAAAUAUACAUUAACAGAGGUGACAGUCUCAGUAAAAUGACACACCUUAAAAAGAAACCUAGCCUGUCUGGGCUGCAGAAUCACACUUUAGAUUGGAUAAUAUAUUAGAGGUUAUGUGGGACUCUCCAGAUACAAUCUUAAAGGACCACUAUAGUGCCAGGAAAACAUACCCUCAGGGUCCCCCUCCCGCCCAGCUCUGGGGAGAAGAAAAAGGUUAAAACUUAUCUUUUUUUUCCAGCGCCGGGCGGGGAGCUCUCCUCCUCCAUUCCUCCCCUUCGGCUGAAUGCACGCGCAUUCAGCCGGUCUCAUAGGAAAGCAUUUACAAUGCUUUCCUAUGGACGCUUGUGUGUUCUCACUGAUUUUCACAGUGAGAAUCACGCAAGCGCCUCUAGCGGCUGUCAAUGAGACAGCCACUAGAGGAUUUGGAGGCUGGAUUAACCCCAUUAUAAACAUAGCAGUUUCUCUGAAACUUCUAGGUUUAUAGAAGAAAGGGUUAACCCUAGAGGGACCUAGCACCCAGGCCACUUCAUUAAGCUGAAGUGGUCUGGGUGCCUAGAGUGGUCCUUUAAUCUCUCUUCUAGUUCGUACUUGAAACAUAUGUAAACUGUCUGGUUCAUAUAAAGUGCAAUAAGUGGAAUGCACAUAUGAAAUUAUUUGAAUCCAUUUGAAUUGUUUUGAUAUACUUUCAUAUUUAUGACAUGAUUGCGCCUUAGAUGAUGUGAGUACUACCCUAGUGCAGUAAUUGCUUACUAUAGCACCACAAUUCUUCUGCAUUACAAGCUGGUUAAUACACCCGAUGGUUCUGGACUACAUUUCCCAGCCAGGAUGGUUACCAAUUACUACCCUGGCGUGAUAAUAUCCAUGAUACUGUCCAGGAGGCAACCCAUCUUUAUGCCACUUGUAAGACUUUCGUUUUUGUGAAUGUAGUCAAUAGUAAAAUCAACAAUAAAAAUCAAUCUAAUCUAGUAAGAUAAAAAUUUGUAGCAUUUCUAGAGAGAAAUAAACAAAACAUUUGCUAUUUGAAGUAUUUAUUCAUUCCUAAGAGAACACUCCAAACACACAAAGCGCUUCAGCAUGCCGAAGGAUUUUAUUCCAUGAAGGCGUAGUUUUUUUUGAGUCAAUUAUUUGUAUAUAAAAACUUAUAUUUGAAUAAACUUAUUUAUUUUCUUCUUAAUUCCAAACACAUAAACCGCUAGACUAGGGGGCGGGGCCUGAUCUCCAACAUGGCUGGACGUGUUUGCCUGUAGCUCCUCACGAUAUGAGCCACAAACACACGAAAACAGCACAAAUCCUGCAAAAACAAAAAGCAAAACAAGUUUUCAACUCUAAAGCUAACAUCCCACAGGCAAGCAAGCCGUGGGGAGCCCGGGUCGGACGGACCGCGGGACAGCACGUCUGAGGCCUACUGCAGCUGGCGGACCACCAGUGGUGAGAUGCGGCCGAUCUCCUACCGGGAGGCGCACAACACACCGCUCACAGCUCCGUUAUCCCCCCCCUUUGGACUGGUGGGGGUUAUCCCAGUCCCCACAGGGCCAGCUAAGCCUGCUCCGUAAAGCCUCAAAGAAAGAAUCCCGCGAGCCACGCGGCUCAACUAAGAUGGCCGCCACUUUGAAAUCCCAAUGCCACCAAACAAGUCUGAUGGGACAGAGCUGGAGAGAGGCCUUCGAUGCAAGGUUCGAGGCGAUCUGCCAGGCCUUCUGGGACCGCCUCGCCAAGCGGAGACCCACUCACACCCCUCCCGAAAUGGCAACUGUAAGUAAAGCAGCCACCGCUACCUGUCUCUCUUCCGGGCCGGGGGCCCAACCGGAGACUCCUCCAUGCCACAGUCCACUGACCCAAGGGGUAAACCGUUACCCAGAAGCCCCGGGGGUUCACGAUCCCGCCACUGGGAGAAGGGGGACCCACGGACUAAGGGCACUGGCUCCCCUUACAGCCCGGAGCCGUAGAGACAGGGACCUGCCAUGUGGCGAUCAGCCAACCAAAUGCUUACUACACACGCAGCAUUGCCCAACCUACCUAAAGUUGGAGAGCGGGACUGAAGAGAGCAUACAGCACUCACCUGGACAUCGUCCCACAAGGGAGCUGUAUCCCAGACAAGAUCAUCACAAGUGGCAGCCACGCACCCAGUGUGGGAAUCUGCAGCCUCAUGAUGGCUACCGCGAUCACAAGUGGGUCAGUACCUGUUACCAGAACGAACUCAUACCACCCAAGGACAAUAACCUGCCGCAGAUAGGCAUCGGCUAAACUGCCUCUCACAGGUCCCAUGGGGUCAAGCUUCCGCUCAGGGCUUGGGGAUCACAGACUAUUGCUCCACUAUAAGCAAUAAUUUUACCAGCCUAGUUCCCCAGUGGCUAUAUUAUAUUAUUUUGUUUUAUUCCUUCUUGCAUUCUGUCUAGCAGUAUAACACAUUAAUGUCUUGCAUAUUAUCUUACUCAGCAUCCUGGGGAAUAACACCCUUGGCGUACAAAGUUAAUGUUUUCGUGUUAUAUGUUCCAUAUUUACCGGGCCUGAUAACUUGCAGGACCUUACACUGAUAAUCUCAUUUAAGCAUCCACAGGCAGUGAUAGCAUCACCCUGUUUCUACCUACAAAAAGUUACGCCUGUUACUCUUGUAAUAUCUUUUUAUUUCAUAAAAAUGUGCAGAAUUAUCAAAUGCCAUACGAAUGUCUAUGUUUUGAAAAGCUUGCACUAGCUGUUGUGGCAUGGCAAGACUGUUUGUAAAAUCUAUGCACACCCAAAAUAAAGAAUUGAAAAAAAUAAAAAUAAAUAAAAUAAAUAAACCGCUAGACUAGAGCAAUACACAUCCCCAGACUGGAGAGAGAAAUUAAAGUUUUGGCCGAUUGGCAGGGGGUGGGACCAGAGAGGGGGCAUGUAGUACCAACACCAAUGACAAGCACACCCCUCCGCCACAAAACUAAGUAUGUUAGGCCAAUGCUCGGCAGCCCAUUCGCAGAGCCCUGUUAAAGAGAUCUUAAAGGAACACUUCACUAUCCAAAUACAACAUUUAAAUCACUGUUUAGUAGAUAUACCCCAAAUGAAAACUUGCAUGCAUUUAAUUAUGUAUUUUUUUCAUUGAAGGUAUAUAAACAGUUUGCAAAACUUGAAGUUCUCACGUCUGCUAGCUUUGCAAACCCACCUCUUCUAAUCCCGCCCAGACUUUGUGACUGUCCAAUCAGACUUUCCAGUGCAGCUAAAUGAGGGGUGCACUCACUUUUGUUGCCAACCGUUUAGACAUUAAUGGCUGUGAGAGUUAUUUUGAGAGGACAGCUAAUUUACACUGUUAUAAAGGCUGUACACGUACUACUUUACAUUGUAGCAGAGUGUUAUUUCCUCAGUGCUGUCACAUGAAGAUAUAAAAUAUUUACAGAGGGGGCGGAGCCUACCAGACCCAUGCGGACGCCAUUUCACUCAGCUCCCAUCCCUUAAAAUAUAAUCCACAAUAAAUCAAACAUUCCAGCACCCAUCCAGCCCUGCCACAUACCAAACGGGCACCAGCACACCGCACCAUCAGAUGCCUUUCUUCCAACCGCAACGGCAGCAGAAACGGAGACGCAAGAUCGGGGCCUACCAAAAGCCAUCGAUCCUCGGCCUUGACGAAAUCCUACGCGGAUACCCAACGGAGCUCGGGAACAUUAACUACCCGCGGGAACAACCCACCGUCCUUCCUCACACACCAGCCAUGGGAUGCCACUCCCAAAAACCGCAAGGUAUGUCUGGGGACAGGGAUAUAGGGGCUAUGUUACAACAGCCUGCUAACUCCAAGCCAGCUGCCAUGACAGCAAGGCCGGACCUUGCCCAGGCACCCACUGCAAUCCAGCAGAGCCCCGAAAUAACUGGCUUACCCCAGACAGGACAGCCGGAUAAGGCACCAGAUCCUGGCCCCUCUGAGCUCCCCCAGACACCUCCACCUGCAAGACCGUAAAUCCAGGCAAGGCUGAGCUCUGACUCUCAGGUGCAUCCCCAGACACAGCAGCCGAAAAGAGCACACACUACAACUCAGCACAGGCCUGACUCACCCGGGCACUCAAGAGCCACAGCCACUGCCACCGGAGUCCAUGGAUGACUCAGCUCCAACUACCAAACGUGACCUCAAAAUCCUUUUAGCAGAAAUCCAUAAACUCAUAGCAGCUGACUCAGCCAUCCUCAAGACUGAACUACGCACAGUCACAGAAAGGGUGAGAGCCACGGAAGAAGUAGGGAAAGUCCACGCUCACAUGAACCAGAUGGACGAAACCAUCAAACAACUCCAGCAACAACACACCUACAUGGCAAUCAAAAUGUCAACCAUGGAAGACCGCAACGCCGCUCCCAUAUUAAAAUCCGGGGCAUACCCAUGACGAUCUCGGCCGACGAGCUGCUACAUUAUGUCAGGCGCUUACUGACUACUGUGCUUCCACACACACACACACACACACACACGUGUAAAGAAAAUCAUAAUGGAUGGAGUGUACCGCUUACCCAGCUCCCCACACCUAAAAACCCCACCAGCCAGAGAUGUCAUCCUCAGAUGUGUCACUGUUCAAGAUAAGCUACACAUCAUGGCGGGGCUGAAAGGCAAGACACCACUGAUAUUUGAGAAUUACUCUUUAACAUUUUUCCAAGACCUAUCAAAAGCUACCCUCCUCUGGCGCAAAUGCUAUGGACCGCUCAUCACACAGCUACGAUCAGCAAACAUAGCCUACAGGUGGGGCGCUAACGGGACUCUGGAGAUAACCCAUAAAGGAACCACACAUGUUCUAACUUCAGUGGAGGAAGCAACACCCCUCCUAGACGCCCUGGGACUAUCCAGCUCCACAAUUGUGCCACGGGACAGACCGCAGACGAUGGUCUGGGAUCCUGAGAAUACCAUCCCGUUCAUACCGGGAUCACAACACCCUGUACCGUGAAGGGUGUGGACUGAUACCUCCAGCCUUACCAACACAACAGUGGCAUACCUUUCAUGUUGAGUCCUCAAUGUUGAUUUAGUUACUUUGUUUUUUAUUUAUUUUUUAGUUUAUUCUUCACUAAUGCUUAACGUUGUACCUAUGCUUCACUACCACAUGUCCACGACUCACUUACCCUAUAUCAUAGGGGACAUAAACUAGACAUCACAAGAACAAGCACAACCUGUACCCAAAUACUUGGCGUCCACAGUCCUAAACCCCACCCCCCCCCCCGCGGUUGGGGGUAACCAAUCAACCCAGAAGCAUCACCCGUGACCCUCCGCCAUAGCACACAGACUCACUCACCCAGCACAACACAAAGACCUAGCCUAAUGCUACGCAGGCACACUAUAGCCGCACCUACUCCCCUACACACACGGAGCGCUAGCACCAUCAGACCCACAAUCCGCAAGUGCUGACAAUACAUAAUGUAAAUAAAGGGUAUACAAAACAUACAGACACACCCCGACAGAGCAUAUUGAAAAGCUUACUAUGUUAAUGUUAUUCCUGAAUAUGUUACUGCCUGACCCAAAAUUGGUGCAAAACUUAAACGACAUUGUAUCUAUACGUUUUUUGGAGCACUUACAUGCGCACCGGUUUGUGAAACUUAAAUACCAUGCACCAAAAAUGAAAAAUAAAGAAUUUUAAAAUAUAUAUAUAUAUUUACAAAAAUGUGAGGGGUGUAAUCACUUUUGUAAGAUACUGUAAAUUAAGCUAGACAUAUGCUGACAUUUUCCCACACUUCGCAAUAGCUAACAGUGUCGGAAAGCCUAUGUAAGGGCUUACCCUACUAUCAGUGCUCAGUCUGCAGCAAACAGUCCAUAGGUAAAGAUUGACUUUUUGUGAAAUCAUUUUUUAUUUUUAUUUUUAAAUGUAUUUUUAUGGUUAUCGAAUUCCCACUCACACACCCAAGGCUUACAUUCCCCACUGUGUUCAAAAGUGAGAUCAUCAGGUGGAUGUUCAGGGCAGACCACCCAGCUCUCUUCCUCGGCUAACCAAUUCACAGCUUCUUGAGGCCGUAGAAAGCUAAACAUUUCUUCACUACUCUGGAGAACUCACUCUCUGGGGUCACACAGUUAGUGUCUCUUGAUCAAUACAGCAAUAACACUUGUACCUUGUGGUUCUAUCACUAAAGCAGCACUGGCUGCUAGAUGAUUAGCGAUAAAAUGGUACCAGGUUGCUGUUGUAAGCUCCUGGAAAUUCAUGGUGGCAUGUGAAGGGAUAGAUGCAAUUACAGGUUCAGGUCUAGAUCAAAAAUCAGGGAUCAGCCACCCUGUUCCUGUUGCAGUUACAAAUAAUGAUGGGUAAAUGUACAUCCCUACCUUCAAACACUGAGCACCCCAGAUUUCACACACAUUGAUCCCAAACAUGCCCCUCCAUUCGUGCUCACAUCUCUUCCCAUAUAUACUCUUGCAUUCAAACACUCCAUAUACAUCACUGCAUUUACUCAGACACAAGUCAUACCAUUAUUAACCAGCAUUUUGAACCACUCCACAGAAAUAGACACGUGUAUACACACACUGAAUUGAAAAAUUAACAAUAGCAUUAAAUAGUUAAGGAUGGCAUGCUUAUGCAUGGGAAAUGGUAUCAGUGACUUGUUAGUGGAGUCACUUGAUCGAACAACCCAGAUCUCUUCAAUUUAAUCACAACAUACAGAUUGUUAAUUAACUAAAACUCUUAAUUGAUGGAUUUCUCUUCCCCCUCUACUUUAGGGAUUUGCGCUUCCCGCAAUCAGCGUCUGACGUUGGGUUACAUGUUUUCCGUAUUGAAAAAAUGAAGCUGAUUUCAGUGCCUUGUGAAAGUCAUGGCAUUUUUCAUUCCGGAGAUACCUAUCUUGUAUUGUCUAACACUCCUGAGGGCAAUAGCAUUUAUGUGUGGAAUGGUGAGAUAUAUGGGAUGGGGGGAGGGGGAGGAAUAGACCGCUAUGAUCUUUUAGGGUACAGUCCCAUAGCAUAUUUUGGCCUAACUCUCCUUUUACUUUUCCCCAGGGAGUGACACAUCUGUAGAUGAAAGGGCUGCAGGUGCAAUUUACAGUUCGCAACUUCACAUGCACAUGGGAGAGAAGCCAACUCAGAAUCGUGAAACACAAGGGCAUGAAAGCACAGAGUUCAUGGCUCUUUUCCCUCAUGGUGUCACUUACCUGGUGAGUAGAAGAAAACAAAUCAAAGCUUAUAACAAUAUUGGGGGGCCUGUAGGUGGUGGAAAGAAUUAUGCCUGCAUUUCCUCACAAUGUCAGUUUAGUACUAUAACAUAUCCAUUUACAAAGUCUUCCCUCACCAUGUUACUUUUAGAAGUAGAAGACAAAUUUACAAAGAUUAACAUUAAUAAAUGUAGAACAUUAAAUAUUUAAUUUGCAAUGUUCUUAGCUAUUCAAUAAGCUGUUCAGUUGUCAAAGUAGGUGCUUCAGUUUAAAAAAAAGUAACAUUUAUUCUUUCACCAUACAAUGUCAUAGGAAGGAGGGGUCUCCUCAGGCCUACAUCGUGCUGCUCAGGACCCAGCGGCCUCCAAAGAUCAUCUGUACCACGUAAAAGGCAGAAAACAGAUUCGGGCUUUGGAGACAGAGCUUAAAUGGGAGAGCUUCAAUAAGGGGGACUGCUUCAUCCUUGACACGGGAAAGGUAAUUUAAGGUUUCUUCUAACAUGCACCUUUGUUAAUUUCACAGCACAGCUUCAGUUCUUUUUGUGAAACUUUGUGGCAGCAUAAGUUGAAGUUCAAAAGAAUCUAUUAGGACCUAGAAGCCUAACCAGUUUCACAUUAGUCCACUCCAGGUUUUCAAACUUAUCAUAUUUGGCCCAGCCACAGUUCCGUUAUUGGCAACAGUUGGCACUUUUCUCUUUGCUUCUUGACAGUUUUCCAUCCCUAACUUAAAGGGAGACUAUCCAAAACUAACAGCUUAAUAUAGUGUGUAAAGCCUGUCUCUGCAAACAUUGUCUUUUCAGAGGUGUUACUAGGCAGAAGUUUACAUGCUGCCUAGUAACACCUCUAAGAGCAGUCACUCAGACAGGCACUAGAGGUGCUUCCCGGGUCAGUGCGGCACUGACCAUUCCUCAUUGAUUCAUGAAGAGUUUCUGAAUGCAGUGCAGCAUUUUGCAUUGGAUCUGCUGAGAUGAUCUCAGCCAAUGAGGUAGAGUGGGGGGGACCGAGCCAACUGUGGUAAGGCCAGUGCAGUGCUGGAAUAAAGGCAAGUUUAAACACCUUAUAAUUUUCUAACAGGGAGAGGGGGCAGGAAUCUAUAUAGCACUAUUAGAAAUAUAGUCUCAUUGCAACUUUAUUAUAAAAAAAAAUUUUUUGAAAAGAAAGUGUCAGGUAUAUAUAUUCAAAUUAUUAAACCCAGAAGCAUACUAGGAAAUAAAUUUUUCCACACUCCUGUCAUUUGGGAUGCACCUUUGAAGCCUUCACUUGCAUCAUUCUGAAACUGUUCACUGCGCAAAUAACGCAACUUGCUACACUGGCUCCUUUUACAAUUUUUGAAGCACAUGUGCAUACACAAUUGAUGCAUGUUUAGGACAUCAGGUACUAAUCACCAUUCAAGCCUGUACUUCUCUGGGAUUAGUUCCCAUUAGUGGACCGUAAGCACUUAAUUUUUUUUUAAUCCAAGCCUUUCUGACCUGGAUUUAUGCAAUUCUGGUUUUCCUGACCUGCCUACGUGUUUGACACAGUUUUGUAUUUCUGGCCGUGGUGUUCAUACACCCAAUUCUUCAAUUUCUACCCUAAGCAUUAAGUACACUAAAAACACAUUUCUAGCACUACUGUGCCUUGAUUUAUAUAUUGCUGAUGAUUCUUUACAAUUCCUAACUACUUCCUACACAGCAGUUUCUAAUUGGCUUCUCUGGAACAGACAGUUGUUAGAGAUGCAACACUCCUUUAGCCAAUGUCCUACACUGCUUUUAUAGCAGAAUCAUCAUCUAGUCCUUUGAGGAGAAGGCAUAUAGUCCAUUGUACAGCACUGCGAAUUUGUUGGUGCUUUAUAAAUAAUAACUACCAAUGUCAAAAUUACAACCAGAAUCAAGAAAGGACUGACUAAAAAGCAGCCUUGGAAGAAAAAAACGAAAAAAAAACAAACUAUUAGUAGUGCAUCGAUGGUGGGGAGCCUUAAAAUAAAGUGAUUUUCUAAUUUCAAUUGGUACCCUCUUUGACAUUCAAAUUAAAUACCUUUUAGUUUACACAUGCACAUUCACUAAAUGUAUUCUCACUUGCACUCAAUGGCCCAUAUACAUACACAGACAAUAGCCAUAAAAUGGUUUUCCGCUUUACCAGGGUACUCCUGGCAUUAUUACAACUACAGUGGGCUGUAGUGUAUGUAUGUGUGAAUGUAUGUAAAUGUACUACAAACAGCCCACUGUAGUAGUAAUAAUGCCAGAAGGUGCCAUUCCCUGAUAAAGCGGAAAACCAUUUUACAAUGGUUUGCCAUUUCCUUUGGUCCAGACUAGCCUUAAAUGGUGGCAACUGAGCUGUACUCCGCUACUGCAGAUAUUCCAAACCCGCCAUUCAUUCAGCAGAGCACUCAUAGCCAUUGAUUGAAUAUAUGUGUAAGCAUAGUGCAGAUACAUCAUUGUGACAUGCUAAAAGAACUAAACUGGCUAUCGCUGGAAUCCAGACGCACCCUUCAUCUUUCCAGCCUUGUUUUUAAGAGCUUUUCUGGGAAACUCCCACCCUACCAGAGCAAAAUGCUUUCCCCAAGUGUUCCCACUUUCUAUAAGCUCCGAUCCAGUACAAGCACUUUACUUAGUCUACCUCAAUACAAAAAGAAAGCGGCCCGAUCCUCCUCCUAUAGAGCACCGCAAUUGUGGAAGGACCUCCCGCCCAAUUUAAAAUCUUCCCUAAGCCUAAAGUAAUUUAAGAGAUCCCUCUCUACAUACCUCAAAACAGAAUGCACGUGUCAUGGUUGAUUAUAUAUUUCCUGCCUGUUCUGUGUUAAAUUUUGUAUUUAUUGUGUAUUAAUAUUGUUUUUGUAUUUUGUUGUACCUAAUGUAACAAUGCAAUGAUUUGUGGACCCAGGACAUACUUGAAAACGAGAGAAAUCUCAAUGUAUCUUUCCUGGUAAAAUAUUUUAUAAAUAAAUACAUAGUGUCCUUGCACCAUGACCAAUUCCUAACACUUAAGCGGUCAUGAUGCAUGAAGUAACCCUUUAAGCUCUUCAUUACCAUCCAUACCGAAAAAUACAAAAUUGAUAAGUCUGUUGCAUCUCUGGAAAAGAGGCAUGUAUUAAAAUAGAAUUAUGGCACAAAAGUAAUAAGAAGGAAUGCGAAAAGAGUGAAGUGAUCACUUCUAAGGUGUAAAUGGAAAUAUACAACCUUCUAAUAUAACAGCGUGGUGGGCAAUAUCUACAAAAAGAUAUAUACAAAUCGCACAUAGAGUGAUAAAAGAAUGAAUAUAAAGCCACGCAGGAUGUAUAUAUUAAACUCACAAAAUAUAAGUGAAUAUCAGGCCCAUCAUCCUCAAUCAGAAGUGGUCUUCAGCACAAUAUGGAAAAAGUCUUCGUUAGCACUUGUAAAAAUAAAGAAACCAAAUAAUAGUGCAGAUGGAAUUAAAACUUCACAUGAUUUAUUACAAAAGGUCCAGGUAAAAACUGCAUAUAAUCUACUGCAAGGUGGAGAUAAAAGUACAGCAAGUAAGUCCCCAAUGUUGGUGUUUUAGAGGGCACACUUUUUUUUUUUUUUUUAGCAGGUUUGCCUGUAUAUGUAUAUUUAGUGGUUUGGUAUUCCCUGUGUUGUACAAAACUAGUAAGAGACUAAACUUGAAAGCGUUAAAAUAUUGCUCAAACUAGAGCAAAUAUUAUUCAACACUAUGAUAAAUCUCUGAUAAUCUGAACGAAUAACCAAUUGUGUUAAUUAUUAUUUUGCAUUAUCAACAUAAUAAAUUAAAAGGAGAAAGGUCAACUACAGAUUGGAUGUCACUUGUCACACACAUUCCGAUAGUUCAGUUUUAUGCUCAAAAUAGAUGAAGCUACAAAACUACCUUUAUAUCAUUCUUCUCUGUUCCUUUCAGUGUAUUUACGUCUGGUCUGGGUCUCAGUCUAACAUGAUGGAAAGAAACAGAGCACGUGAUCUAGCGACUCAGAUUAGAGACAGUGAAAGACGUGGCAUAGCGCAAGUCGAGAUUGUACAAGAAGGGGAGGAGCCAGAAGAGAUGUCCAAGGUAAAUGGUCAGAAAUAAGCCAAUUAUUUACAUGUAUAUAUUUUUUUGUGGAAACAGGAAGGUGGUAAUAAAUACUACUUGUUGGUUUUCACUUUUAUCCAACAGACAAUGUAAAGCCAUACUUUCAGUGAAUUGUGCUUUCAUUACAGAUCUUGGGAAAGAAGCCAGAGUCUAUUAAGGAGGGAAAUGCGGAGGAUGACAAGGAGGCAGAUGAAAGACAUUCACGGGAACCUGUGCUUUAUCAGGUGAGUAUCACUCAUAGCAAGCACAAGCAAAAAAAACUAACAGCGUCAAAAUGUUUUAAACCACUGUGACACGUGACUGUGGAAUGGCACCAGGGGUCUCUUAAAAUCAUAACCAUUACAGCGAGCUUCUUCGACAAUGUUUCACAAUCAUCACAAUCAGCUAGCCACUAGACAGAUCGGUAAAUUGCUCUCCAACCUCAUAACCAAACAUUAUACAAAGCUUAUUGCAGGGAAAAAAAACUAUUGAACAAAAGGCACAGUAUUUCAACAGCAUAUAAAUGUUUUACAUAAAUGCAGGACGAGCAAGUCAAUGAGUGUGGUGAAAGGGUUGAGAGACUAAUUGAACAGUGGAAACCACUGGGAACAUACCACAAGUGGUGACAGGAUAACUUUGUAGCACAAAGUAAAUGACUGAGGAGGAGGGGAGGGAAUGUGAAAGUAGAGCUCACUCAGUCUAAAAUGUACCUCAUUAUCCAACUACAUUGCAAAGCCCGUUGAACUCCUGAUGGGCCUCACUAAGCAGGAUUACGCACAUUUUUACUCCCAUUCCUAAUUUUGCAGCUUGUCUCUGCAAUUUCGUUACAUCUGCAAUAAGCAUCUUGAAAACUGGUGUCCAAAAUUGCAUCACAUAUUCAAGGUGGGGAUCUUGCCAUGGAUUUAUAUAGAGCCAAAACAUUUGUUCACGUGAAUCAAUGCCUCUUUUUAUACAUAAAAAUGCUUUAAUAGCUUUUGUAAUGCCAGAUAAACUAAGCAACAGUGGAAACAUUAUAGAUAACCAGCAUUGCACAAAGUCCUUUUCAUUUAUCCCAAACUUAACCUUAUUUAAUGUGUAAGUGGUUAUGGGUUAUCGGUAUUGAAUCUCAUUUGCCACUUGCCUGCAAAGUCCCCCAAAUUCUACGAUUCCCUCCGUUAUGUUCAGACUAUUAGACUGCCAACACUGACAAAUUCCUUUCAAUGCCCACUUCACUUCAAGAUAAUUUACGAACAAAUUAAAGAGAAGUAGAACCCUGGGGCACUCCACUUUAUCCAGUUUGAAAAUGUACCAUUUACAACUAUUCUCUUCACUCUUUAGACUGUGAGCUUGUUAGAAAAGAGAACCAUACAUUCAGCUGUUCUGGUUUCUUACCUACAGUACAGGGCUGUGAAAUAGGUUGCCACUUUAUAAACUAACAAUGAUGCAGUGUACGAGAAAAUACAUAUAAUUUGCCUCCAACUCUCCAAUUUUUACUAAGAUUGUAACUUUAGAAAAACUAGUAUUUGGAUAUUGUGUUUUGGAUUACUGCAGUAUAAUUUUGUAUUUGAUGUUUGAUGUUUCUUUGAUUUCCUUCCCCACUCACAGGUCUCCAAUGCAAGUGGAAAAAUGCAGGUAACUCGUGUUGGAGAUGGUGGGGUUUUCCAAAAAGAGCAAUUGCUCUCCGAUGACUGUUUCAUCUUGGACACCGCUGGCAAACUCUACGUGUGGAAAGGUACAGUGAAUAAAACACCAAGAACUAAAGCACGAUAACGUUAUAGUACACCACUGUGCCAUACAUUGAACCAAAUACUCAGAUUUUUGUAAAAUUCUUGGUGUAAUUUUUGUCUUGGCAGGGAAGUGGGGGGGGAGUUGGAAGGAGGAACUAUGCCAGUCAAGUUUACUCUAACCAAAAAUGGUGUACUGAAAUGACAUUCAGGGGUUACUCCAACCAAGUGUUUUAAUUAAAGGCUGAAAUAACCACUUUAACCCUCAUACAAUUGUACUCCCUUAGAGCCAGAGCAGCUUCUAGUAGUAGUUUUUACUUACUUUUCCAGCCCAGAAGUUAUGUGCUCAUGUAUGGUAAGAGGAAAACACAUUAAAUGAAAAGCAUUCAACCCCAUGCUUUCUUAUGAUCAGUACUGGAUAUAAUCAUACAAUUUGUAAGGACGUUGAACAUCACAUGACCAAGUCAAACUGUUAUAUUAGAGGAUGUUCCUCUAGUGAGUGACUGUAGACAUCGACUAGAUGUAUUCAGCCUUGCAAUGAGAACAUUGAUGUAUCUACUAAAUAGCUCUGUUUUAGACUGCACGCUAAAAUGCUAGGAUAACUGCACCAAGACCACUUUAUGGAAAUAAACCUUAACCCCUUAAGGACAAAUAACGGAAAUAUUCUGUCAUGAUUCCCUUUUAUUCCAGAAGUUGUGUCCUUAAGGGGUUAAACUACAAAAUCCCUGUAAAUAGCUUCCUGAACUAAACCAUGCAAAUUGUAUACUACCACAAAUACUGAUCUUAAACUCAUACUAACCAACAUUUUAAACCCCAAUCCCUGGCUAAUAUGUUUGGCAAAUUGCUGAGAGCGUCAAGUCACCGUUAAAUUACCUUAACAGCACAUUAUCACCUGGAGCAAGGUGGUAGCAAAGAAUUGAAGUAUGCACGUGUCUGAGAGGUGAUACAACAUUGUGUCUUCGCAGGUAAAAAAGCAAACAAAGAAGAACGUGAGCAAUCACUCCAGGUAGCUAACGAGUUCCUGACUUACAUGCAUUACCCCCCCACAACCCAGGUAAGGCAUUCAGUCAGUCUUCAACAUACCUCUGAAAUCCACAUGAUAGAUUUCUAACUUUAUUUAUCCAUUAGGUACAGGUAGUUUCAGAAGGCAAUGAAACUCCACUCUUCAAACAAUUCUUCAAGAACUGGUUGUAAGCAUCUUGGGAUUAAUAAGAAGAAAGGUUCUCUCCACAAACCUUCCAUGAAAAUUUAACAGAACGUGGCCUCAAUGUGACCAAAAAUUUACAGUGACAUUACUUUUGAGCCAUAGCCUUUAAUUGUAAUGUCCAUGUUUUGUUUACAUAGGUUUUUCCACAUUCGAUUGUCUUCAUUCUUGUGUUUAAAAAAAAAAAAAAAAAAAGUUACCAGAUAUUUAAAAAUAAAUAAAUAUAUUUGGUUAAAUAAUUGAAA